UCUUUAUUGGUCGAUGUGUGGUAGUGGUGGUGGGGAAUACAUCAGGGGAUCAGCAGUGCCAAAAAAGAACAUACAUUUGUACCUGUGCUCUAAAUAUAAGUGAAAAAAAUAAGGGCCAUCAAACAACAAGAAGCACAAACAAAAAUGAGACGGUACACGUGAUAUCAGAUGGCAGGACAGUGCAUGAGGAAGAGGGGGAGCCACUAGUACUCCCUUAUGCAACUGUUAUUGGAAUUAACAAGGCCACUUCCAGCACUUGGUUAAUAAAAGAUGAUUAGAUAUAAGUUUAUAUUUUAACAAUGCUUUUGUUUUGCUUUUAUGACAGUUCCUAUGAACAUAGUUGGGAAAAGCUCCAUCCUUCAGUGUCAUGCUAAUGAUUACUCGGGUACUAAGAAAAGCUAUGUUUUUAAAUCUAUAAAACAGAUCAGGUGAGCCAAAUUUUUGAGGAAUAGAACUUUUGCAUUUCAUCUAUGUCCUUGAGAGUUCUAAAACUGACACAAAAAGCUGAGAUUUUUCCUACUUGGACAAUUACAAGCACAGAGAUAACGCUUACUGAGGCUCGGUGUCUUGCUCAAGAGGGAAAAUCAGCAGAUAUAAAUGCGUGACCUGCAACCUAAACAGUUGAGGACAACGUGACCGUGUUCAAACCUGCUUGACACCUGGGUCAAUCAACACCUUUUCCAAGUCUCACAACUGAACAGCUCCACGAUUACAACAGGAAGGCAAAGAAGUAAAGCAAUGCUCAGCAACAUUCAGAAAAGACUAUGGAAUUUCCGCAGCUUUCUCUUAAUCAUCCUCACACCACUGCUCCUGCUACCUAUUCCCCUUGUCAUCAGGACAAAGGAGGCAGAAUGUGCCUUUGUGAUGCUCCUGAUGGCAGUGUAUUGGGUGACAGAGAUCCUUCCCUUGUCCAUUACUGCUAUGCUACCUGCUGUCCUCUUUCCUUUAUUUGGCAUUAUGAAGUCCUCUGAUGUGGCAAAGUGGUAUUUUAAAGACUUCCACUUCUUGCUUGUGGGUGUGAUUUGCCUCGCCACAUCCAUUGAAAAAUGGGGCCUGCAUCGCAGGAUUGCAUUGAGACUUGUCACACUGGUGGGAGUCAACCCUGCGUGGUUGAUGCUGGGGUUCAUGUCUGGCUGUGCCUUGCUCUCCAUGUGGGUCCAAAACACCUCUGCUGUGACUAUGGUGAUGCCCAUCGUGGAAGCCGUCCUCCAACAGAUCCUGAGGGCCAAAGAGGGUCAAUGUUCAGGAAAAGACAACCCCAAUCUGGAAUUGGAUGAAACUGACAUCUCUAAUGAAAAGAAAAAACAACCUAAGAGUAACGGGAUGCAGCCGCAUGUUUUAAAAGAGACUUUUGUUCAAAUCCAACCAGUCUCCCAGCCUGACACAGCUGAGGCUGCAGUUCCAAUGCAUGAAGCAAUGAACAGCAGGAAACAGGACCUUAUGAUGUGCAAAGCCAUGUCCAUUGGCAUUGCAUACUCAUCAAACAUCGGUGGCAUCACUACAAUUCCGGGAACCUCUCCCAACCUAAUCUUCUCUGAAUAUCUCAACCAGGUUUAUCCAGAAUGCAACAGCAUUAAUUUUGGAAACUGGCUCCUGCUGUGCCUUCCUAUCAGCAUCCUCAUGCUUUUUCUGACGUGGAUAUGGCUCUACUGGCUCUUCAUUGGCUCAGACUUUCGCUUCCUAAGGUGCCAUAAAGGACAACAUUCAGAGAAAGAGAUGUCAGCUAAAAAAGUGAUAGAAGAGGAGUACAGUUCAUUGGGAACAAUGGGGUCUCAGGAAAUAGUAACUGGAGUGGUUUUUGUGUUGAUGGUGUUGUUGUGGCUAACCAGGGCUCCAGGAUUCUUUCCUGGGUGGGCUUCUCUUUUUCCCAAGAGUCAGUCAGGUUACUUCACUGAUGCCAAUGUGGCUUUGCUGCUGGGCCUCCUCUUCUUCAUCAUACCUGCCUAUGGACCUGCCAAAAAAUAUGAGGCAAUGAUUACCUGGAGUGAGUUUCAGGCUUCCAUGCCAUGGAAAGUUGCCCUUCUGGUUGGUGGAGGAUUCGCACUUGCUGAAGGGACAAAGGAGUCUGGCCUGUCUUUGUGGGUGGCUGAGCUCUUGACACCAUUAGGAGAUUUGCCAGUUUUUGCCGUAAUCACAGUGGCCUGUGUUAUUGUUACCAUGCUGACAGAAGUGACCAGUAAUGCUGCAACCACCACCAUCUUCCUCCCUAUCCUCUCUCCACUGGCCGAGGCUAUCCAUGUGAAUCCACUGUACAUCCUUAUCCCAACCACUCUGUGCACAUCCUUCUCAUUCCUGCUGCCUGUGUCAAAUCCACCCAAUGCUGUGGUGUAUGCCUAUGGACACAUCACUAUCAUGGAUAUGGUGAAGGCUGGGCUUGGUGUCAAUGUCAUUGGACUACUUUCUGUCCUCUUGGCUGUGGGGACAUGGGGAAUUCCUCUCUUCUCUUUGGAUUCAUACCCUGAUUGGGCACCAGUUCUUCCCAAUUUUAACUCCACAACACCCUGAAGAUAGGGACAGGAUUUUUUGGUGUGUGCGUGUGUGUGUGUGUGUGUGUGGGUGUGCGCGCGUGUGUGUGGCUCAGAAACGUCAAAUAUAAUCUGCUCUUAUCACUGUUUUCUAAAGACUGGUUUUGCCAGUAAAUAUUUAAACUUCCAAACUUAGUUGACUUUAUUCAAUAAGGAAUUGCUUUAACUUCAAACAAAUAAAAAAAACAUUAAUUUAUUUUAGUAUUUUCCUGUUUUUUUGUAUGUUCUUUAUGAUCAGUGCAAGUAAGGAAUGUUUGCUAUACGACAAAAUGCUUACUAAAUAAAUGACCAAAUACCAAUACUGUAAAUCCCAAA